GCUUCAGGGGCAGGAGCUCAGGGGCCGAGCGGGAGGGUCCUACAAGCCAGAUGUGGGCUGUAGUUUGCCCACCUCUGUUCUAGAAGGUUCCUUGGUCAGCAAACCCCAGGAGCUGACAAAGGAGGAAAGCCAAAUAUGCACGUUGAAGGCUACUGAAGAGAGAUUUCUCUUUUUCUUAACAGCUUUGAUAGUCUGAUCUUUGAGAGCACAACAUAUUGGCACUUUUUAUAGGGUGGAUGAAGCUUUUAAGAGUAACAGAGACAUUCAGAAAUAGCUACUCCAGUGGAGGAGGGAUUAAAGGUGACUGUCUGAUUUUCAGACGCGCUGACAAAAAUGAUGAUGGGAAGUUGUCCUUGGAGGAGUUCCAGGCCUUUUUUUCAGACGGGACUCUUAAUGAAGAAGAACUUGAACAGCUCUUUCAUACUAUUGACUCAGACAACACCAGCAAUGUGGAUACAAAGGAGCUGUGUGAUUAUUUUGCUGAUCAUAUGGGAGACUAUGAAGAUGUUUUGGCUUCCCUGGAGACCCUUAACCUCUCCAUUCUGAAAGCCAUGGACUACACCAAGCGGGUGUAUGAAAGAGGGACCAACGUGGACCAGUUUGUGACCCGUUUCCUAUUGAAGGAGACUGCCAACCAGAUCCAGUCUCUGCUGAGCUCUGUGGAGAGUGCUGUUGAUGCCAUUGAUGAGCAAACCAAUCAGAUCAGACACUACCACAGUAAAUCUGGCCAUGGUGUAAUGGAUACCUGGUAUGACAACCCUGUGCCUAGUUAUUCCCCCAAUAACAGAAUCAUGGCCAAGGAGCACAGGAAAAGCUUCCAGACUGGUUCCUCAGAAACCAAGGAAGAAGGGCUGGAAGCUCAGAUUAACAGAUUAGCUGAGCUGAUUGGAAGAUUGGAAAAUAAGACUCUCUGGUUUGACCUGCACCAGAGGCUGUCAGACAGCGAAAGCCCAGCUUGCACAUAUCUCUUUCUGGUACGGAAUGAGAUGACGGUUUCCCAGAAGCACCUGGGGGAAUUCUGUAGCUCCCUUAAGCAGUACCUGAAGAAUGUGGCAGGACAGAGAGACUGUUUCCAUGUAACUGCAGUGAGGCUCCCGGACGGAGUCACUUUCAUCGUCUAUGAGUUCUGGGAGUCUGAGGAGGACUGGAAGAGCCACCUGCAGAGUGCUCCCUGUAAAGGGUUCCAGCAUGUUAAAGUGGACACACUGACGCAGCCUGAAGCAGUUUCCAGUGUGUCUGUGCCAGCUGCCUGGUGCACUCUGAACAGAGACUGAGUCCUCGGCCAGCACGGAGUCAAGCAGCAAGGUGACCUGUGGCACUUCCAGGCUCUCUUGCCUUCUCUCUCCCUUUGCAGAGGACUAAACUCCUGUCUUUUCUAAUGCCUUUGUUACAGGUGAUGUCUUUUGAGCAAGAAUAUCAGCAAUGUAUUUGCUAGGUGUUUGAAGUGAAGGAAAAAACAUAACCACCUCCCCCUCCACCCACUGUCAUAGCUCCUAAACGCUCCCCUUAAAGCUUGGGAUAGGGCAGAGUCUGCCUGGCUCCUGUCCCCAACAGCCCCAUUGCAGGGAUUCAUGGGGUUGAGUCUUGGCUCUGCGACAGUGGGCCAGUUGCUUAUUCUGCCUGUGCCUCAGUAAAGUGAGGAUAGAAGAACAGCUUGGCCAGAAUGUUCAAACGAGGAGUGCUGGAUUUUCAGCACUUCUGUCACUAUCUUUCUAUUGUCUGACUCAAGACCCAUCCCACCUAGGAUCCUGUCUGAGAGGGGCCAGCACUAGGUCACCUCUGUUAAGGAGUCUAAAUACCAACACUGGUGUUAGUUUCUUUGUCUAGCAGUUUUGUAAGAAAAUAAUUUACAGCAUGGCCCUGGUUCUGCUGUAAGAGUCCUCCCUGAGGUUUCACUAGUUCACUGCU